AGCCUGUUGAUCCAUAGCGCUCGCCAGUUGUAGACGCAACGGACGACGCGUCGUAUUAAGAAAGAGAAUUCGGUCAUUAAAACACUUAUUGUACAUACAUACCAAAACAUUUCUUUUCUUAUCAUCUACUUUCAAAAGUGAUACGAUUGGAUACUCUUCAAAGUGAAGCUUAUUUACAAACGGAUUUAUUAAGAUACUUCGCUAGUGUAACUUCUUCGGAUCUUGCGAAUAUUGCGUAAAUAUUCUAGACCCAAAGAGCAGUGAGAGUAAUAGCUCGGUCAGCAGUAGUGUGAAUCAGCAAGCGGAAAAGCAACGGGGUGAAGUGAGAGAGGUAAUCGAGAAGGAGACCGACGGUCAUUGAGUUCAGGGUGCACAUGCUGAGAAGACGAGAAAUAGUGAACGUUAAAAUUUACUAUACGUCGUCGUCGUCAUCGUUGUCGUCGUCAUCGUUAUCGAAAUGAUGCCUUGGAUUAAUAAAUCGGUCAGUUUUGGAAUUGCUGGAGGACUCUUAAUUAUUUUGGGAGCCUUUUUGUCUUUUUUUUCGUCGACCAUCUUUGAUCAAAUUCUUAAAAAGGAAUUGGUAUUUUCCGAAGAUUCAAAGAGCUUCAAUAUAUGGAAGGAUACGAGUAGUCUGCCGCAUAUGUAUUUAAACAUUUAUUUCUUUAAUUGGACGAAUCCAGAAGAAAUAACUAUACCCGAAAAGAAACCGAAUCUAGUUCAAGUCGGUCCGUACAGCUUUAUAGAGGUAAGACAGAAAGUAAAUAUUACGUUUCAUCCUGAGAAUGACACUGUUAGUUAUUUUCAACAACGAUGGUGGUACUUUGAUCAAGAACGCUCUAAUGGAACAUUACAAGAUAAUAUAACACAACUCAAUGUUGUCGCAGUGUCGGCUACGCACAAAAUACGAUACUGGUCUUAUUUCAUGCAAAAUACCUUCUCCUACAUUCUUAGCUCAAAAUCAAAUUUAAGUGUAACAAAGACGGUGGGCGAGCUAUUAUUCACUGGUUACGAGGACACAAUAAUUAAUAUGGGAAAAGUCGCCGUUGCUGAUGAGGUGCCACCCUUUGAUCGCUUCGGUUGGUUUUAUAUGAGAAACGGUUCAUCAGAAUUUGAUGGUCACUUCAACAUGGAUACUGGUAAUAGCAAUAUCAGUAAUUUAGGUGUUUUGAGAAAUUGGAAUUACAAGGAUACCAUAAAGUAUUUUAAAACUCCUUGCAAUAUAAUCGAAGGAAGCGCUGGUGAAUUUUGGCCUCCGUAUCAAAAUGAAGACGAGAUCAAUUUGUUUAGUUCGGAUAUAUGCAGAUCAUUGUUAUACGAAUUUGAAAAAAAGACCACGUACAUGGAAAUCGAGGGCAAUCAAUAUGUUCUGGGUGAGAAAACUUUAGGAAACAAAACAAGAAGGCGUUAUCCUCACAACCAGGCAAAAUAUUUUGAGCGAACAACCACGACUGAGAAUUUCUUUGAGUCAGAACACUCGAUGGAAGUUACGCAGAUGCCCGAGGACAACGAUGAUCCCGAUCUAGUAAAUCUUAGCAACUGUUAUUGCAACGGCGAAUGUAAUCCCAGCGGUUUAAUAAAUAUAACUGCCUGUCGUUACGGGGCACCGGUCUUCGUCAGUCUUCCUCAUUUUUAUAAAGCUGACCCUAUUCUAAGCAAACAGGUCAUAGGGAUGAACCCUAAGGAAAAAGAUCACAAUUUCUACAUUACUUUAGAACCCACGACGGGAAUUCCUUUAGAAGUAGCGGCUAGAUUGCAAAUUAAUGUACUCCUUCAACCGUCGCAAAUCGUAUCGCUUUUCAAUAACGUCCCCAAGACAUACUUUCCUAUAUUCUGGUUCUCUAUGAAGGUGAACAUUCCUAAAGAAUUGGCUUCCGAUCUGAAAUAUUUCCUUCUAAUAUCAAGCUUGUUUUUCUACAUUGGUGUGAUCAUAAUGAUACUGGGAAUGUUAAUACUUAUCUCUAUUUUCAUAUAUCACAUCAUGAAAAGAAUUCACAAAAAUCACGAACAACUGAAAUUGAAUAUCACAAAUAUUUCUUCGGAAAAGACUGCAGAAUCGAUUUACAUAGAUAAACCGAAUCACGAUGAAGACAGUCACGUUAGAAGUGAUCGUCGAUUGUAUCCAAAACUCUAUUGAAGGGCUUCCAUAUUUUUCUCCGCCAACAAGUUGUACUUGUGCCAAUCUUGGGCGAAUUUUACGGUCAAUUAUCGAAGAUCCGUCUAAUAUGUUUCGAAGGUAGCUUUUUGAUCGAGGUCGAUUUAAUUGACCGAUAGGAAAGUUUAUCCUUAUCGAAGAAUUACCGUCCUCAUUUGAAUCGGAAAAGUAUAUAAAUAUAUAUAUAUAUAUGUAUAUAUAUAUAUAUAUACAUAGUCAAAUAUUUUUAUACUUUUAUGAGAAAGAAUGUGGAGAGUAGACGAAAAAGGAAAAGAAUUUUGAAUUUCAGAAAAAUAUCUUUCCAUCGUCGAACAUUUACAUUCUUUAAGGCCAAUGAGAUUCAUUUUCUUUUCAUUUCCUUUGAACGAGGAUUUUACAAAUAAUGUAAAGACGAUAAACUCCUCACAUUUGAAUACAUUCCUAACAUAGAAAUUAAUUGAUCGAAAUCAUAAAAUGAUAGAAUUUAAGACUGACAGCUGUGUAAAUUGUUUUAAUUGUAAUGAUUAUAUUUUUAACUAAAGAAAAACGAGAAAAAUAGAAAGGCAAUGUUAUGUUUCGAAUAUUAUUUCCUAUAUGGAAUUUCUAAAGACUUAUAAAUGUUCUAACAAAAUAUUUUCUAGAUUUCAAUAUUAAAAAUGCAUUUUCUAAAAUUCGAUAUUAAAAAAUAUAUAUGUAAUAGAAGGAUUUAUAUAGGUUAUUAAAGAAGAUUAAUCGAUCGCAUAAUAGAUUUUUAUAUUAUAAUCGUAUCUUGUUCUUAUAAAUUUUGUUAAAAUAAUAAUGAAAUGGAUAUUAUUAAUAAUACCAUUUUAAUAAAAGUAAUAAUUUGAUAGAUUUGUCUGAUAAAUCAUGAUAUUUUCUUCAUCAUAAAAUUAAUACAUGACACGUUAAAGAAUCUGAAAAAUUGUGCCAAACAUUUUUUUAGUAGUCCAUAAUAUACAAUGGUUAAGACUAUACUUUUUUAAUAUUAAUACUUAUUUUUAUUAGAUAGAUGGAAACGAUUGAAUGAAAUGUUCAUAUCUAUGGUGUAGUGCAAUCAUAUUAUAUAUCAAAGGUGUACAAACUGUAAUGAAAUAUCGCGUAAAGAAGGUACAAAAGAAUAAAUGUUAUUAAAGCUUG